CCUUGCACGUGUAAGACUAAAAACGAAAUCCUUAAUAAUUAUGAAGUGGAAGAAAAAUAAAUACGGCUCCCGAAUUGUCUCUACAAAAAAAGAUAAUGAAUUCCUGCAGAAAAAUAACUUGGUGACCAUGAUCACCCAUAGGAUUAAGAACAUAGGGCUGACCUUUUGUGUAAGUGAUGGAAUCAAAAUACAUUGGCUGGCCAUAUUUGCUAUAAUUUCUUUUGUACUAACCCAAGGAUUGCAAAUUAUUGGUUUGUUCAAUGCAAAAGACGACAUAGACAAGGUAUUUGAAUACUUCAGCGUCAUGUCUUUUUGUGGCAUGGGAAUUCUUAAGCUCCUGUCUCUAUGUCGAAACCACAAGCAAUGGAAAAUACUUUUGGACAACAUCAAGCAGUUAGAAAAAACACAGUGCCAGAAUGAGACCUCGAACGUGGAAUAUGAGAGUGACGGCGAAAAUGAUACCUUUACUUUCCCGAGCUACAUCGAAUCUUACACCAAAAAGUUUAAAAUUGUCUCAACUGUUUUGAGCAGAAUGUAUGGAUUUACAGCAAUUGUUUACAUUCUGUCACCGUUCGCUGAAUUUACCCUUUUGAUAAUGACUGGCAAUGAGGAUUACGAGAAGCCUCACGUUCUGCCAGGUUGGGCGCCAUUUGAUUCAAGGAGUUUUGUUGGGUACUUUACGAAUGUGGCGGUAGAGAUCAUUUCAGCUACUUAUUGCGUGUUGGUUCACAUUACUUUUGAUUUGACAUCAAUUGGCGUAAUGAUUUUUAUUUGCGGGCAGUUUUCUUUGAUUCGUGAUUACAGCAGUAAUAUAGGUGGAAGUGGAGCAUCGUGUACUUUGUCGAAAAGAAGANAAAGAUGGCCACGUUUCUCCACACGAUCUGCGUCUGCCUCUUCUCGGCCUGGGGGGCCAUGUGGGUGA